AUGCCGCUGUCAUGCCGAUUUUAUGCGAACCAAUUUCCGGAUGUGGAAGACACGGUUAUGGUAAAUGUACGACAAAUUGCGGAGAUGGGCGCAUAUGUGUCGUUGUUGGAAUACAAUAAUAAAGAAGGUAUGAUUUUGCUGUCCGAGCUUUCGAGAAGGCGUAUUCGUUCCGUCAACAAAUUAAUUCGCGUUGGACGCAGCGAAUGUGUUGUUGUGAUACGAGUUGACAAAGAUAAAGGAUACAUUGAUUUGUCAAAAAGGCGAGUCUAUUCGAAAGAUCUAAUACAAUGUGAAGAUCGGUUCGCUAAAGCUAAGGCGGUAAACAGGUAA